CGGGCGUGGGAGGCUCUGCCGGACAAAGUCAUCAUCUUCACCGUUUCAUUCUUUUCGCACGCCGACAGUGACGACGAGGGAGGGGGGGGAAAACGAUUCCUUGAUUUGUGAUUCGAGUUCUUCGUUCAAUUAAGGCACGUAAGUGUUUUGUUGAAGCUACUUUGAAGGGCAGCGAGACCGAAGGGGAUGUUUUGGAUGUAGUUGGGUUUAAACAUUUAUGGAUUGGUUAAUUAAUUGAUGCGCCAAACUAAUUAAGGUUCAUUGGAAGAUCAGAAAUGGUUGUGGAAGAUUCAAUGAUUGGGCAGAAUGGGAAUAAUGAUAAAGGAAACCAUGUGGAGUUUCCAAACAAUGACAAUGGUGAUUUCACAUUUUUCGUCAAGGCCGAAGAAAAUGAGGGAGUUGAUGCCAUUAAAGAGACCUCAGAAGUCGACAUAACAGAGCGAGCCAAUCUCGACAGAAUCAGAUAUGGUAUGGUUGAAGCCACUUGCCAGGAAACAAGCGAGAUUUCGAGCUUUUCUGAGGAAUCUAUUUCCUGUGUUGAAGAUUCUAAUCUUUGCGACGAUGCCACAUCAUCCCUGGAAUUUAGUGAUGUCAGCGACUUUAUCGGUUUGAGGAAGAAGGUGACACCUCAGUGGAGAGGUUUCAUUAGACCUGUGAUGUGGCGUUGUAAGUGGACAGAACUGCAGCUGGUGAAGUUCAAAUCUCUAGCCAAAAAGUAUGACAAAAAGCUUGCUCAAUGCAGUGCCAGAAAACAGAUUGAGUUCAUGAACUUGGAACCCGAAGCUAUGAAUUCGAGAGCGAUUCCAUUUUCUUUCACGCCGCGAAGAAAUGUGGUGUUCAAGAGAAAGCCAAGGAGGAGAUGUGAAGAGACCCAAAACAUUGCAGAGUAUAUGUCUAAGCAUUGCCUCUUUUCCUUUAAUGAAAGCAGAAAGCUUGGUGCUGAUGAUGAUAAUAACCAGUUCAAUUCAGCGCUGGUUUCCUCCGAUGAAGAGGAGCAGCCGUUGAAACGCCUCAGGCGAAUUGACGGUAAUGACCCUGCGGAGCAAUUGCUCAGGAGGAUCGGGGAUUUGCAGUCCCGAGCCAGUCGGUGCAGAGCCUGGCUGGAGAAGACAAUGUCCGAGAAUGGUGGGAAGAUCCGAGCCGACGGUGAGAAGAAAAUUACUGAUUCGCCCCCGGCUGCUGCCGAAGAAGGUAACGGAGUGACGGAACAACUGCGGCCACCGCAUCCGCCGUCCAUAGCGGCUCAGCUGUUGGCAGCUCAACUCUUCCCUUGCAGCGACGAUGACGUUUUGGAUAAUGGGGAAUGCAUAAGGGAGUUGACGGUGGACUCUCGCGUUGUGGGCACUCGGGUAAAUAACGAAGAUGUGUUCAUGAUAUAUGACCACAAGAUAAAAGAGCGGAUGAGAAGCUUUCAAGAGGGUGAGAUUAUUUUGGACUAGGAAGAAACAUCUUCUUUAGGCAACGAUAGUGCAGUUCGGGAUAGGCAUCUCGACGCCUUUGGUGAUUGUGAUAAUUUUUUACAGCAUUUUAUGUUUAUCUUUUUGCCUAUGUUGAUGAAGUAUGUAAUUAAAGCUAGUGGUGGUGGUAUAGUUUAAUAAAAACUCAAACUCAAAAUUGUUCUUGUUUAAUUCAUGAUCAACGUUCAGCUAGCUUGUCUGGG